GUCACUUACGGUGGCCGGCCGGCCGGCGUAUUGAGCUUGUUGAAGAAACACAACAUUACGUCUGAGUCAUUUGGGCUGAAUUUAUUAAUGCAGAGAAACAAAUUACGUCGAAGCUAAGACAAACAAUAUCAGCUUCAAGGCUAUUUUAUUAGACGUCGUCUUUUGUAAUUGGUUUUUUUCUUUUUUGCUAAUGCGACUAAGUCAAAAUGCGGCUGCUAGCUUAGCGGUCCAUCAGAUCGACUAAUACUUCAAAAUAACACUUAAAUGUUUCGCUUUGAUUAAAAUGGAAGAUUCCUUCGACCAUCGAGACGCUGAUCGAGCCAAAGCUUUUUGGGACAAAGAGAACGUGGAUCAGGUGUUUAGUAUAAUAUUCAAGAAGCUGGAUCACCUGAAGGAAGUCCUGAGAGCCAACACGGCAACCGACAAAGAACGGGUUCAAGCUUUGAAGCUAUUCGACUGUCUUGAGUGGACGGUUCUGUCUCCGCUGGGCAACUCUCCGGUGGUUCAGUUGGUCGUUGGUCCAGAUAAAGAGCAUGAGCGCCGCAGCUCCACACCCACAUCUCCUCCAUCUGCCUUCGAAGAUCAACUGCCUCCUCUGCUGCCCAUUCAGCCUCCCUACAAGCUGCACGUGUGCAGCAAGAUGUGCCUGCCUUCUUUACAAGGCACACUUCGGGCCAAACUGCCAUAUUGGACUCAGAACCCGCUCAAGGUACCGCUGCUGUGCGGGUUCAAGAGGAUGGUGGCCAGGCCACUGAUGUCAUCCAAUGAGGACGGGCCCAUCGACGAUCAUUGGAAAGAUGAGGAGGAAGAUGAAAGCCACUGGGACGUUAUUUACAAAGCCCCCUGUGGACACAGCCUCCGUAACUAUGCCGACGUGAUACGCUUCCUGUUGGCCAGUAAAAGCUCUGAUGUAUUCCAGCUGGACAAUUUCUCCUUCAACAUGGCGGUGCAGUUGGACCCUCCCAUAGUCCUUGGCAGCCAUCCCCCAGAGAUAGACCUGAGUCGCGGGGCCGAGCCGACCCCAGUGGAGCUUUGCGUGGCCGCCGAUGACUCCCGGCCCCCUGAAUUCCGCUACAGGAAGGAGCGCUGGCCGCAUGGCUGCUUCCUGACCCGACGUCCCGUAUUUGACGCGUGUUGCGACUGUACAGAUGGAUGCUUGGACGAACAACGCUGCGACUGCAUCGCCAUGACGGGAUCAGGAAACCACUACAACUAUCAGAGACUCUCCCACCCUGUGCCGUCCGGGUUGUUUGAGUGCGGGCCGUGGUGCAGCUGCGACCGGGCUCGUUGUCAGAAUCGAGUCAUCCAGAGAGGAAUCCGAGUCCGUCUUCAAGUCUUCUGGACGGAGCGUUGUGGCUGGGGUGUGCGCUGCUGUGACGACUUGGACGUGGGCACGUUUGUGUGCAUCUAUGCAGGCGUGAUCCUGCAGAGAGUCCAGCGACCCAUUGAGCCUCCGCCACUGAAGCUGAGCAGAAUGGACCUGCCGUCCGAUGACGAGGUGGAGUUGGUCACCGAGUGGCUGGCACCCCCAGUACUGGAGGCAAACGACUUGCUGGAAAACGCCGACCCCUCGACUUCGCCGCCGCUGCACGUCGCAGUCAUCCAGAGACCCGCCGAGGCCAACGCAAAUCAGAGCAAAGACAAGGCGAAGAAAGCUUUGACGUCACCAAACAACGCCGAUGGGCACGGCAGCAAAAGGAGAUUGAAGAUGGCGGGAAAGUCGGAGGACGUUUAUUUGCUGGAUGCCAGAAAGGAAGGAAACGUGAGCCGCUUCCUCAACCAUAGUUGCCAGCCCAAUCUUUUUAUUCAGAACGUCUUCACUGACUCACAUGACCCCAACUUCCCCAUCGUCGCCUUCUUCACCAACAGGAUGGUGAAGGCAGGCACCGAACUGACGUGGAAUUAUUCUUCCGACGCAUACACGAUGUCGCUGGGUCGACAACAUGAAGUGGCGUGCGUGUGCGGCGCUGACGGCUGCCUGGGCCAAUUCCUGGAGGAGAACCUUUGUAAAACAUGUGAGCUUGGAGUUUCGGACACUAUGGAGGAGACGUGAGCGCCUUGAACCCUUUUCCACUUUUUUACAUGUUGCUUAAUAAAAUGAAAAAAAGAGGUGACAUUCUGCACCCUGUAUUAAUAGAAAUAGGUGGAACCUUUCGUCAACUAAGGAAAGAAAUUGUUCCGCCACUGGCAUAGAGGCAUGUCCAAAAGUAGAUUUGAGUCGUUAAUACGGAAAUUUGCGACAGAAAAAGGAAAAUUCAAUAAUUGUCUCACAGCGUG